AAAGGUAGAUCAUAUCCCCCAAGAUUCCUCCAUUCCAAAUAAAACAAAUUAAAGACCGAAAAAACAAUAAUAUUUUUGUCUUUCUUGAAAACCAAUAUCUUUCCAUCCCCACUAGCGCUCCAUCACUCCCAAAAUCAAAUGGAAAUACCAUCAUUUCUCAGCCCGGUCUCCCUCUACUCCGCCUACCUCCGCCGCUGCUGCACCACCUACGGCCUCACAUCCCAAUCCAUCAACAUAGACGACGACGAGACCACCAUCCACUUCUGGGGCCCCACAAACAACCAGAACAAACAGUCACUGGUCCUCCUCCACGGAUUCGGUCCAGUCUGUCUAUGGCAGUGGGGCCCACAGAUCCAAUUCUUGUCUUCUCUCUUCAACCUCUACGUUCCGGACCUAAUCUUCUUCGGCAAAUCCACGACGAAGUCUCCGGAAAGAUCGGAGACAUUCCAGGCGGCAUGCGUAGCCAAAUUGAUGGAGACUUUGGGGGUGAAGAAGUACAGUGUUGUGGGGACCAGUUACGGCGGGUUCGUGGCGUACCACAUGGCGAAGCAGUGGCCGGAGAGGGUGGAGAAGGUGGUAAUAGCGAGUUCGGGAGUAAAUAUGCGGAGGAGAGACUGUGAGGAGCUGGUGACGGAGAGGGCCAAGUUGGAGAGGAUUGAUGAAUUGUUGCUGCCGGAGAGUGGGUCUCAGUUGAGGACCUUGAUGGGGCUCGUUAUGUACAGGAAACCCAACCUGGUCAUACCAAAUUUUCUCUUGAAUGAUUUUGUGCAUAAAUUGUACAAAGAGAAGAGGAAGGAGAAGCAGGAACUUCUAGAGGGGAUAACCCUUGGAAGGGAUGACACAGUUACUAUUUCCCCACUUCAGCAGGAUGUGUUACUAAUAUGGGGGGAGCAUGACCAGAUAUUUCCCUUAGAGAUGGGUAAAGAACUCAAACAGAUUUUAGGAGAGAAAGCAAGGUUGGAAGUCAUAAAAACCGCAUCACAUGUACCCCAACUUGAACACCCAUCACCCUUCAACAAUAUGGUUAGAGGUUUUCUGUGUGGAUCUUCAUGCCCUGUCUAGUUUACUUAAAUCUAUGUUGGCCUUGCCUUUUUCUUCUUUUUUUUCACUUUUGAGUUUUUUUGGAUUAUUUA